UCCAUUAAGAUAUACGCUCCUGACCUGAGCAAUACUGGUCCAAGUUAUCCUGCUCUCAAACAGCUGUGGCCUCAAGCACACACCCUGCAUCAGACCGCGACGUCAUCCUAGCGAGCCAAACAACUACAUUGUGUAACAAGGAAGUUGACCCAGUAUGUAUUACAUAGCGACUUGAUGACUACAAUAGAGGGCCGCCAUAACCGGUAUCCCCUGCACCGUCUUGGCUAGACCUACCCGGUCCCGUUCAGAGACCAAGAUAAAGACAAGAUAAGCGAGACACAUUGUUUCCAACUCAAGCCCCAAUUGAGCAGUGACCCGUUACCAUGGUGAUCGCCACCCUCAUCUGUUGCUGUCUCCGUGAAAUGGCGAGGGAGGAAGAGAGGGAGAGGAGGCAGCGAGCUGUUGUAGUGGUGCGAGAGCAACGGAUUGAUCGAGCUGGCUUGGUCCAACAUGAGGUGAUGCCUGACAGAUCCUACCCUGGGCGAGCAAUGGCCGCAAGACCUCCCCCAGGCAACCGGAUCCCUCCACGAUCCAUGCCACCACCUUACACACCAAACCAGUUCCGACCCCCACCCGGUGCCCAAGGCAUGCCGCCCCCUUACACUGCAAACUCGACCCAACCCCCAGCCGGUGCACGACACCCUCAGUACCCGAUGCGUGAACCACAGAACCAAGCGAUGAGGCUCUGAAGAAGGAAUAGCCAUUUAACAUGGUCUCGUGUGUUCAGUAACGUUUCUUCUGGACUGACUUUUCCAUGACAGAGUACGACUUUCUAUUUGUCAAAUUGGGGUUCCUGUGGAGACAACCGGG